UCAUCUCUGGGAGAGCAGAGAGGAAACUCCAGCAGAGAGGCUGAGAAUCGCUGUUCUGAGGCGACCAGAAGGAAGAUUUUCUGUUUUUAAAAGUCUCUGCAUCCUCUGGAGGUGCAGCUGAUCUUUUCAUCGUCACCAUUGUUUCUUUUUACUCCUUAAAAACAAAACACUGUGCUGCUGCUGCUCGGAGACACUUUUUUAAUAGUUUUUCUGACAGGAUCAGGUCAGAAUCUUUUGCUGCAGCUUGAAUGAUUCCUUGAGUCGGACGGAGAGCGUGAAAAGGACUGGUUGGGUUUCUGGGAGGUGGAGGAGGAGGAGGAAGUCUAGGGAGAAGAAGAAGAGGAAGAGGAGGAAGAGCAUCCUCACCACCCAAACACACCCUUCAGACGGCCAGACUUCAGCCGUUUCCCUGAAUUACUGCCUCUAAGGUUUUAAAAAGCUCAGAGUGAGCUCCAUCGUUUAAAUCCAGACCCGGUGUCAGUCCUUACAGGAUACCGUAGAGGUCUAAAGGAGGGUUGAGACUCCCGGGACGCUCAGCAGCAGAAUGGACCUCCCACCAAUCAGAGGCCUAUCUGAUGUGCCGUGAACGUUGGGAGUCCUUUGCCCCGGCUGGCUCAGGAUGGACCCAACUCCUUCCCUGAGGAUGGAGAUGGACUCUGUGCUGUCGCUGGACCAGAUCCGUGCCCUCCGAGCCAACAAUGACUAUGUGGAGAGGCCUGUGGCACUGGAACCAGCGGCCCAGACUGGAUUUUUUUAUCCCCACGAUGACCGUUACCCUCACGGAGUAUACGGCCAUCACCCGCAGCCUUCCUUCCCCUCAGCGCUUUCCCGCAGCCAAAGUCAGCAGCAGCACGCUCAGCUGACGCGCCUGAGCCGAUCCAGCACCAUAAGCUCUUCCAUGUCUCGGACCAGCGCCACCUCAGACCAGCGGCUCCUGGCUGGUUUGACUCCGUCCCACUCCGGCCUCGGUUCGGUGGUCCAUUCUCAGCCUAAAGGGGAACUGAAGCCCAACGCCUCCUUGGGUAAACGGCUGGCGGGAGACGAGGCCGAGCUCGGCCUCCACCUGUUCAUCUGCGAGCGUUGCGGUCGCUGUAAAUGCCACGAGUGCUGCGCUCCCCGCCGCCUGCCGUCCUGCUGGGCCUGCGGUCAGCGAUGCCUCUGCUCGGCCGAGAGCACUGUGGAGUAUGGUACCUGCCUGUGCUGCGUCAAAGGCCUGUUCUACCACUGCUCAACCCAGGACGACGAGGACAACUGCGCCGACCGGCCGUGCUCCUGCGCUCCGGCCCACGCCUGCGCCCGCUGGAGCUCCAUGGGGCUGCUGGCGCUCUGCCUGCCCUGCCUCUGCUGCUACCCCCCCGCCAGGCUGUGCCUUGCUGUGUGUCGGUGCGCCCACGACCGGGCCACGCGACCCGGCUGCCGGUGCAGCAACACCAACACUGUGUGCCGCAAGAUCUCCGCCUCCAACCCCAAUCCCUGCCACCCGUCGCUCCGCAGCAAAGCCCUGGAGAAGCCGUUAUGACAGGCUAUAUCCAGAUCCCCUACAGCCAAAGCUACGCUGUUGCCGACUAGCCACAGCCGACACUGUGACCACGGUGCCAUCGUCACCCACCUACCUACAUACAACAAGCCAACCAACCAACCAACCGUGAAGUGUUGUUCACCUAAUGUACCUUGAAUUUACUUCUUCUCCAGCUCAGGAGGGACCAAAGCUUUACUGUGCCUGUUCACGUUGGAGACUGAAUGCCUACAAAGAAACACUCGUCUGUCAGAAGGAAGAAGACGUCGUGCCUUGCUGGACCGUCCUUCAACUUUAACCAGACUUCCAGACAGAAGUUGCCUCUCUGCGGUCUGAGGUUCAAUCUGUGUUAAAAUCUAUUUAUUUAUUGUUGAGCCUCCUUCCUCCACCUUCUGCAGAGGGUUCCCACAGAGCAGAGAGGGUUAGGAAGCUACAAAGACAUUCAGAGAAGAUGAAUGGAUGAAGAACCCAACGUUGCACUGAGGGGACACAAAAGAGAACAAAGAGAAUUUGACACCAAAAACAAAGGGACCAUGCACUGUAGAACUGAAGCUCAUUUUAAAGAAGAAGCGCUGUGAGGUCGGCGUUUCCCCGGCAGCCUGCAGCUGAACCAGGGACUGUUUAACCGGAGGGAGGAUGAAUCUGUGGUGAUUAGGCAGCGUGUGUGUGUGUGUCCUACUGUAUGAUGUGUGUGUCCAGUGUGUGUUGUUGUCGUUGUGGCAGCAGAAGAAGUCUCCCCUCCGUUAUUUUUAGCUGCAUCGGUGGAGCUCUGAGGGUCUGGUUAGGUUUCCUCCCCAAGUCAGUCUGUCGCCAACCUCCUCCUCUGACCUCCUUCCUCCUCCUCCUCACUUAAUCCGCUUCAGGGAUCGACAGACGGCUUUUCAGGGCCGAUAACCAAUAUUUGGAACCAAUAAUGUUUUAACAGCUGCUGAUAGCAGAGAAUCAUUCAUAACUAGAAUUCUUUAUGCGGCUAUGUCUGCUAUUCUUCUGUUUACUUCAUAUUUCACAGUUUGAUCACUUUUAUUUCCCACUAAAGAUCUUAAAGCACGAUGUAUUUAUUCAUUUGAUAGGGACGGUGCACUUUAAUGAAAGUCUGUUGAGGCAGCAACAGACGUAAAUACGCCCGAUUAUAACAACAAUGCUCAUUUAUAUCCACAGGACAAUAGGUCACAAUAAAAGGACAUUACAAAAAGUACACAUAGAAGUUUCAGGUCAGUGGUCACCAGACUGGUUGACUUCCAGCUGUUUAAGGGGAGUUUUGAAGGUUUCUAUCGUGGGACGCUCCCUGAUGGAGAGUAGAGGACUGGUCCAGAUCUGACUGGUCUACACAGAAACAGGCUGGUUUUCUGCAGGACCUCCCAGUCCGGUCUGGAGGAGGUCCUGGUCUAGAGGAGGUCCUGGUGAAACCUUCUUAUAAUAAAGUCAGACGUGGUGGUGGGUGAGUCCAUGGAACAGCUUGUAGAUCAAACAAGCACAUUUAGCAUUUCUAAAUUCUCAAAGCUCAGUGAGUUGCACUUCUGUUCUGCAGUAUUUAAUGUGUUAAUUAACCAGGACUUUCCAGCCUGUUUCAGGUUCAUCUGUUGCUGUCUUUUUACUUAGCUGCUAGCUGUGAGCAUUCUUAGCCACUUGGAGCUAAUCUCCUGGUUUGUUUCUUGUUCAGUUUUUGCUGCUUUAGAGACGUUUCUGAGACCACAGAGUGACAACAUCAGACCUGAAGUAGAGCAUUUAAUCAUCAAUAAUCUCUCAAUAAUUUACCCAUAACCACAAAAAAGGCCAAAUAUCGGUCACAGUAUCGGUCCAUCCCUGAUCUACUCAGUAACUCCCACCAAUCAAACCUGAGUUUCUCACAAGAUAAAGUUUCUCUCUUUUGUAUUCAGCACAAUAAAGAAGAUUGUAAUAAAAACACCUAAACGAGAGAAAAGCUUUUGCUGACACACGGCGUAUUAUUCCCUUCCUGCCUCCAUCGCCUCUCCUCUUAAACUCAGAUGGCUAAAAGCUUCCAGCUUCCAGGUCCUCAGAGAGCUGAUCAAACAGGCAAUUAGCUCCAUGAUAGCUCUUAAUGGGCCAGAGAAGGAUAGAGGAUGGAUGGAGGGAUAGAUGACGGAUGGAUGGAGGGAUGGAGAGAUGGAGGAAUGGAUGGAGGGAUGGAUCAUGGAUGGAAGAAUGGAUGAUGGAUGAUGGAGAGAUGGAGGGAUGAGAGAUGGAGGGAUGGCUGGAGGGAUGGAUGAUGGAUGGAUGGAUGAAGGGAUGGAGGAAUGGAUGGAGGGAUGGAUGAUGGAUGGAAGAAUGGAUGAUGGAUGAUGGAGGGAUGGAGAGAUGGAGGGAUGGAUGGAGGGAUGGAUGAUGGAUGGAUGGAUGGAGGGAUGGAGAGGUGGAGGGAUGAGAGAUGGAGGGAUGGAUGGAGGGAUGGAUGGAGGGAUGGAGGGAUGGAGAGAUGGAGGGAUGAGAGAUGGAGGGAUGAUGAUGGAUGGAUGGAGGGAUGGAGAGAAGGAUGAGGGAGGGAUGGAUGGAGGGAUAGAUGACAGAUGGAUGGAGGGAUCGAUGAUGGAUGGAUGGAGGGAUAGAUGACGGAUGGAGGGAUGGAGGGAUCGAUGAUGGAUGGAUGAUGGAUGGAUGGAUGGAUGGAUGAUGGGUGGAGGGAUGGAGGGAUAGAUGGAGGGAUGAUGAUGGAUGGAUGGAUGGAUGGAGAGAAGGAUGAGGGAGGGAUGGAUGGAGGGAUAGAUGACAGAUGGAUGGAGGGAUCGAUGAUGGAUGGAUGGAGGGAUGGAGGGAUCGAUGAUGGAUGAGGGAUGGAUGAUGGAUGGAUGGAUGGAUGGAUGAUGGAUGGAUGGAUGGAUGGAUGGAUGAUGGGUGGAGGGAUGGAGGGAUGGAGGGAUAGAUGGAGGGAUGAUGAUGGAUGGAUGGAUGGAUGGAUGGAUGGAUGGAUGGAUGGAUGGAUGGGGAUGAGGGAAAGAUGGAUGGAGGGAUGGAUGAUGGAUGGAUGGAGGAAUGGAUAAUGGAGGGAUGAAUGAUGGAGGGAUGGAUGGAUGGAUGGAUGGAUGAGGAAUGGAUGGAUUGAUGGAUGGAUGGAUUGAUGGAUGAUGGAUUGAUUGAUGGAUGGAUGGAUGGAGGAAUGGAUGGACGGAUGGACGGAUGGAGGGAGGGAUGGAUGGAUGGUGGAUGGAUGAUGGAUGGAUGGAUGGAUGGAUGGUGGAUGGAUGGAUGGGUGGAUGGAUGGGUGGAUGGAUGGAGGGAUGGAGGAUGUUGCCAUGACGUCAGGCCGAGGAGAUCAGGCAAAAAAAUAAACCUUUUAUUUUAACCCUCCUGUUGUCUUCAUUUACAAGCACCAAAAAUAUUGUUUCCUUGUCUGAAAAAAAUCCAAAAAUUCUGCAAAAAAAUUCCCCAAAUUUCUGAAAAUUUGCAAAACCUUCAGGAAGAAAAUUCCAAUAAUCCCUUAAAAGUUUGAUUUUAGAAAAAUCCCCCAAAUUUGCAAGAAAAUUCUUGUAAAUAUUUUCAAAAAAUGAGUAAAAAUGUUCAAAUAAAUCCUAAAAAUAUCUAAAGUGAUUCCAUAUAUAUCAGUAAAACUUCUAAUAUUUUCUUUAAGAACAUUCACAUAAAAAUCAACUAAAAUCCACUGGAUUUUGAUACAAUGUGAAUGUUCUUAAGAAACAUUUUUAACAUUUCUUUUUUUCCACCAGAAAAUGUUGAAAAACUUCCCAAAAAUGUUGAAAAUGUGGACAACAGAAGUUUCACUGUGAAAUUAUUUUUUUUCUCCACAUUUUCAAACUUUAAAACGGGUCAAUUUGACCUGCAGGACGACACAAGGGUUCAAAUGCAACAAACAUUCACGACCUCCUUUAUUAUGUCUGGACAGGAGGAUCUAACGCUGGAUAAAACACAAUGUCUGGUGUGUGUUGGUGUGUGUGUGUUGGUUGGUGUGUGUGUGUGUGUGUGUGUGUGUGUGUGUGUGCAUGGACUUUUCUGUUAAAUGUUGCUUUGAUAUAUUUUUAUAUGUAAAAACGGGCUGUUAACUCUACCACUAUUUUCAUUCUGCUUUGUUUUGUUUCUAUGAAAGGAUCUUCUCUUUAAUCACAGCAAACAUCCACCCAUCUUCUGUCCACUGAUGAAAAAUUCAGGAACUUUUGGUUCAACUCUGGUGACCUAAAACAUCUCUAGUGUCAAAGUUUAGCUUCUCCGUGAUUUUCUGCUCUUUCUGCCAGCACGAAACGAGAAUUUUCCAAACAGUUUUUCCCAGACUGACACUAAAAUAAAACGGCUCGGUGUGUUUGUUGGAUCAUCCCACAGGAACAACUUUCAGAAACAGACAAAGAAUGAGUUGGCAGGAUUUGUCUUUCUUCGUUUAUCUAAUUCUAGUGCAGGAAUCUGAACACAUACAACCUACCCCAACAAACAGUGAGUUGAUUUAACUCUACUUCUAACUGGCUCAGUUUGUUGUUUUACUAUGUUUAGUGAAUUUUAAGUUGUUGAUGGCGAUGCUAGAGAGGAGAAGACUAAGAAAUUGUGCUCGUUGUUCUCUCCGAGGUUGAAGUAAUCAGCAACAAUACGUAAACUUCGCUCAAAACCCUGAAGUAGACCCUUCUCCAUCUGCAAAAAUAAACCUUAAAGACUGUCUGCAGGGACGGUGAUGAACAUUUACAAAAGUUCAGCCUCAUAAAUGCCGAUAAAUCAAAGAGAAACUGUGUGAAAAUGUGCAGCGUUGUCCUCAACAGUCAGAUCAAGUCAAGAUGACGUUAUUUAUGCAAAUUUCUAAUAAAUAAAUGAGACAGGUGAACAUUUCUUUCUUCAGAUGUGAUCAGAAAACAAGCAGCACAAAUUUCAAACAGGGAUUUUUAUGAAUGAGCCGAGUUGAGAAGCCAAAGAUGUACUACAUUUAAAUCUAGCAGCAGUUGUUCUCUGACCUUCUUAAUUAAGGCUGGAAGAUAAAAUAAAAAGCUGCAAACUUUAUUUUAAUGGUUGAACUGAUGCUGUGUUGCACCAUCUUAACAUUAUGUUGAAUUUAAACUUAAAUGUCUUCCUUUAAGUUGAGCUAAACUUCAUCAAACUGGUUCAAGAACUUCAUUUUCUGUCGCCUAGCGUUGAGGAUUUCAGAUCUUCUCCUCUUUGUGAACCCAUCUGGAGGAUUUAAAUAGUUUAAUGUGGAGGAAAAGCUGAUCCUGCAACUCAAAGCAGUUUGUUGGUUUUUCUUUUGAACCCAAACGUUAUUUUCCAGAUGUGUGAAUGUUGCUCUAAAUGUUCUGGGUCUACUGGGUUGAGAACUGAGGAGGACACUCAGUUUGGGUUUUUUCCCCUUUUAUGACAUUAAACUUUUUCCACUUUUACCUGUGACUUUAUUUUUACUAUCAGGAGGAUUGGCAACCAAAAAAAAACGCUAAAAAUCAAUGUAAUUGACACGUGUUUAGCACAAACCACCCAACUGUCCACAUUAACGCGACUGAAUCUGGAACGUUUCCUGACAUUUAAUCUGAACGUUUUCAACCAACCAAAACGCUUUUAAAUGCCCGACUGGUGAAAGUUUUCUCGUGCAUGCAGCUCAGAAUAGCAAUGCUUCAACAGCAGAGUUAAACGGUUAAAAAGCGGCAGUAAGGCGGAUAAAGUGUUGGAUCAUUCCAGAUUUAAACGCAUCAGCGAGGACUCGGCUUCAGACACUGGUGGAGAUCACCUGAGGAACCUUUAUUUCUACCUGGACUCUUUUUCUACUCGAGUUGGAGCAAAGUGCUGCACAUUUUUAGGAUUAAUUAUGUUUUUUUGUUAUUGUUAUGUUCAGAGCAGCUUUGGAAUCUUUACAGCGACUCCUGUCCACUCAGAUCCUCUUCAAUUUGCAGUAAUUUAAAGUACGACAGAUGCACACAGGCAGAGGGAGAAGUUCACUCCGUUUCAUAUAAAUUAGAGAUUUAUUUUUUUCCAAAAGAAAUUUGUAUUAUUUUUAAUUAAUACUUACUGGCUUACUAAAAUGACUUUUUUAAACAUUUAUUUUUUAUUUAUUUCUUUUUCUUUAUUUUACAUUUUUAAAUACCAACAGUAUGACUUAAAACAUUUAGAGGAAUUAAUUACAGAGUUCAUUUACUAGUUGGAGGAAAAGCAGGAUUUGGCAUCAGCAAAUUUAACAAAAAUAGAAUUUAUCUUAACAAGACCUGCAAAAUGAAGGACAUCCAGGAGGAUUGAAUUUUUCAGUUUUUUUUUUUUUUACAUUUUGGCAAAUUAAUUUCUUGUUAAAGUUGAUUACAAAGCUUGUUGUGGUAUCAGUACAUUUUAUGGAAAAUUAAAUUUAUUUUGAGAAGAUUUUUUUUAACUAUUCUGAUUUCAAGAUCUGUAUAUCUUUUUUUAAAAAAAAUGUACAGAUCCUUUAAAAUAAAUUAACAGACAUUUCUUCUGUUAUUUUGGAGAAGCAGUAAAUUAAUGUCAGAUGAAUCUUUGCUGAAUUGCUGAAGUUUGCUAGAUUACCAAAAACAAAAUUAUAAAUUACAUUUUAUUUUAAAUAUUUAAAAUGUUAAGAAGCUCAGAAAAAAUCUGACUUUAACAAAAAAUAUUUAAUAAAAAUAUAAUUUUUAUUAACAAGACUUAUGAAAAUUGAAGGACAACUAUUAUGAUUUUAAAAUCUGUUUAUUUUAUUAUUUUGGUGAAUUCAUUUAUUGGUAGAAAGGAUUAGAAAGCUUAUUGGCACGAGAAGAAGCAUUUGGCAUCAGUAAAUUAAAUUAAAAAUUAACUUCUUUAUCAAGAUCGCAGAAAAUGAAACAAUACUUUUGAUUCUACAAAAAUCAGUUAAUUUUUCUGGGUUUUUUUUGGUGAAUUUAUUUCUUGCUAAAGUUGAUUAAAAAGCUUGCUGGCAGUAAAAGCAUCAGUAAAUUUGAAGGAAAAUGCAAUUAAUCUUAAAAAGAUUUCAAGAUCUGGACAAUUUAAAGAUUUUUUAAGACAUUUUUUAUGAUAUUUUGGAGAAUCACGAAAUAAGAUUUUAUUUGAACCUUUGCUGAAAUGUUUGUUAGAUUACCCCAAAAAAUUAUUUAUAAAUUACAUUUUAAACACAUUUAAACAGUAUUUAAAAUGUUAAGAAGCUUAGAAAAAUAACAAUAAUGUUUCAUAAAAUAUAAUUUAUCUUCACAAGAGUUAGAAAAAUGAAGGACAACUAUUAUGAGUUUAAAAUCUGAAUUUUUUCAGAUUUUUCUUUACAUUUUGGUGAUUUAACUUCUUGGGAAAGUUGACUAAAGGGGCUUGUUGGCGUCAGUAAAUAAAAAAAAAAUCAUUUAUCUUAUCAAGAUCGAAGAAAAUGAAAGACUACUUUUGAUUCUACAAAAUCUGUGAAUUUUUCAGAUUUUUUUUUUGACAUUUUCGUGAAUUCAUUUCUUGGUAAAGUUAAAGUUCACUGGCAGUAAAAGUAGCGUUGGGCAUCAGUAAAUGAAGUAAAAAUAUCAUUUAUCUUAUCGAGACCAAAGAAAAUGAACGACUACUUUUGAUUCUACAAAAAUCAGUGAAUUUUUCAGAUUUUUUUUGCAAUUCUUGCUGGAUUAUUUCCUCUCUAACCUCCAGUCAUUGCUGCAGUCCAUUUUCUUCUUGUUUUUCUGCUGCUGUGUGCAUCUGGACGUCCAAUCAGACCAGAAUCCAGAUGUUUUCAUCAUUUCUCCUCAGGCCCGAUGCUGAACGCUGCCGGCUGCCGCUUUAACCAAACUUCUCCUUUCGUGUCUCAGCAAGCAUUGCUUUUGGUACAAAUUGGCAUCUUGUAUGUUGUAAAAGAAUUUACGGAGAGUAUAUGGAACAAAUAUAUAUAGAAAUCUAUCUAAAAGGAAUAUAUUCUAUAUCACACCAUUCUGUUUCUCUGCUGUUCUGCUUCAUGGGAUUUAUUUCAAUGGGAACAAUAAUCACAGUAUUUAUUUUACAGCAAUCAGAGGAGAUGUUGUUGUUUGUUUCUCUCGGUGUGGUGUGGCUGCUGCUACCCUCCUGGCUAAAGACGAACCAAUAAAAGGAGUUUCCAAGCAGAACCAA